CCAGUGGCCGUUGGGCCCCCGAGUAGCUUUCAGGAUAGAGUCCGGUGUCCGGGGCUGCAGCACCCCGCUUGGAGCCGGCGCAGACGGCGACUCCUCCCCGAGGACGCAAUGCCUCCCUCCGGCAGGCCCAGGCCCAGCCACCACCGCCAGCGCCGCAGUCGCGCCUGGUCCAAACCAGCUCUGAAGGCACACGUGGCUUAGCGAUGGGGCGGGGCGGGCCGAGCGGGCCGAGCGGGCUGCCCUGCGUGGUGAGGACAUCCGCUUCCGGGAUCCAGCUCUCUGCGCACCCGGGCCGCGCCACUCGGCCCCGUUCCCAGGAUCCGCCGCCGCCGCUGCCGCCUUCGGCUCUGCCAGGCCUCUCGUCCGGCGUCGACCUCUGCCGCUCCCGGUCCAAAUCCCCGAAGCGCGGUUCCUCGGCGUUCCUGCAGCGCCGCCUGCCCCCGAAGGCAGUCAUGUUGGACGGAUUGAGCUCUCUGCCCACGCAGAUGGAUUAUAAGGGUCAGAAGUUAGCUGAACAGAUGUUUCAAGGAAUUAUUCUUUUUUCUGCCGUAAUUGGCUUUAUCUAUGGAUAUGUGGCUGAACAGUUUGGUUGGACAGUCUAUAUUGUUAUGGCUGGAUUUGCUUUUUCAUGCUUGCUGACACUUCCUCCGUGGCCCAUAUAUCGCCGACACCCCCUCAAAUGGCUCCCUGUUCAAGACUCAGGCUCAGAAGACAAGAAACCAGGAGAGAAAAAAAUAAAAAGGCAUCCUAAAAAUAACUGAAACACAGUAUGUGGUUCAACCUUACAACGCUCAUUCUGUUGUGUGAAAUAACUUGUCAUAUCCAAAAUGCGAAAUAAAACUACCAAUGUUGUUAUUGCAGAGCUGUGCUUAGAAUUUGUUAUCUACUAAAACAAUUGGGUUUUGUUCAUAAACAGUUUUGGCUACUGGAUUCAUAAAUUUCCUGUGAAAUGAAGGAAAGAAAAGUACUUGUAUGGAAUGUGCUUGGCAAAUGUGCAAAUUUUGUUUGAAGCCCACUAGUAUUUCAUAGAUUAUUGCAAUUAACUAUUUUAUACACUCCAUUUUGAAUAAUUAAAACAAUUCUGUGCUGUUUUUUCAAUAAAACAAAGCUACUCCAAUA